GUCAGUUCACUGUUGAUGUACAGUUAGCCUUCAAAGCUAAACUCUCGUAACUAAACUGAAAGUAUUAGCUAUAAUAACAAUUAACCUGUCGAGAUUAUUACCCAGCUCAGUGACUGGACCCAGAAAUAUGAUUGAGGACUUCGAGAACCAGGAGGUUCGGUCCAGUGGCGAGCUUUGGUCGGAAAUCUGCUCCAGUCUGCCGGAGGUCCAGUCUGAGACUGGUCCGGUGGAGGACACCACUGACUUCACAGAUUCUUUCCGUCCAGCAUCGCAACAAGGAGUGCAGAGCAAUGAGCAAGUGAACGGGACCAGAACCAGUUCUCCCAGAGCUGAGUGGGAACCCAUGGAGGACUCUGAGGUCUACAUUGCAGGUUUAGAGAACCGCCUGAAGAAAAUAAAGGGCCAGUCCAGUGAUGUGACCUCCAGAGACAUCUUGCGCUCUUUGUCUCAAGCCAAGAAAGAAUGCUGGGAUCGGUUCCUGCAUGACGCCCAGACCUCCGAGCUCUUCCAAAGUGGUGACAUGGAUGAGAGCGCUCUGGAGCACCUCAAGAGAUGGCUGAUCCCAGAGAAGGUUGCCAUCAGUGCAGAGGAGCUGGAGUAUCUCCUGAGGCCGUCUCGGAGUGAAGAACCAGCGGGACCAAAUCAGACCCAGGACAGAGCAGAAGACACGCAGAGCGCUGAAGAAGACCCUCACAGCCCAGAGAAAUGAUCCUGUUCAAAUGUGAAUGCUGAGCGGAAUAGUUUGUACAUGUUCUGUAAGAAUGAUCUGUGAGUGGAGCCCCGUUAUGUUAAAGAAGUGUUCUGAACAAGCCUUUAUCAAAAAGCAGCUUCUCUGUAUUCUCAGUUGUUGCGUCAUGUCUUAUCGUUGCAACUCAAAAAUAUUGCAUGUACUAGAAGUUUGGUUUGUUACAAAACAACAGCAUUAAGUUAAGUCUCAUAAAGGUUUUCAUUUUUAACUAAAUGUGCAGAAGUAGAAGAGAGAUCGUGUUUACGCUCAUGUUGCAAUAAAAUGCAACGCCUGCAGAUGAGAAGUUUUCUAUUUUUUAAAAGUUUAACAUCUAGAGUCUGAUUUAAAGUGACUUUUACAUGUUCAAGAAAAUACUGUAACAUACUAUGUAAUAUUUCUUUUGUAUCCGCAUAAAAAAUGGUAAGAAUUGAUGCUGAUCUUUGCUUGUUACAUGCAGCUGAAACUAGAACAGUUAUGUUAAAGUGCUGUUGAAACGUGCCUGCUGGUGUACCAUUAA